AUGCGAUAUCCACCGGUUGACUUGUUAAAUAGCGAACAAACUGUAUGGUGGUGCGUCAGGUAUAAUAUCUACCGCAGAUAUGCUGUUGUAGAGCGUAUAGUACAGGCUCAACGACGACCACAACAAAAUCCGCAAGGUACACAAAGCAAUUUGAACACUCCAGCAAGUGAACAAUCGGAGAAUCAGCAAAACCAGCUUGCUCAGGAGUCUACAGGAGAUCAAGCAAACGCUAGCCUACGUGGUGAACAAGAAUCGAGAUUUUCGAGGAUAACUACAAAUCUACGUUUGGCAGCAAAUCUUUCUUAUCAGUUCUUUGCAGCUCUGAUUUCCUCAAUUAUUCCAGAACAACCACCACCACUACAUUUAGACUAG